AUGAAAUUUUAUGAUAAAUUAAAUCAAAAUUUAUAAAAAAAGAAUUUGCUGAUAUAAGUAAAAAAAAGAUGGAAAUAAUAUUUAAAAAAAGAAAAAUUAGAUAAAUGCAAAGAUCAUUCAAAAAAUUGUAAGAAAAAGAAAUUUUAAUAAAAUGAUUAACAACAAUCUUGGAGAAAAAUUUAGAAAAAUUCUACUCUCCUUAAUCUUUAAGAUUAAAAUUUGAAAAUAAAUUCUAAGUUGAAUUCAAAUGUAAUCAAAUAAUUAAAACUUAAGGAUGAGAUUGAAUAUCAUAGUGUAGCAUAAAAAAGAAACAUUUCUAUAAAAAGAUGUAAAUAUAUGUAUUAUUCCUAAUAGUUAAAAUAAUGGUUACAAAGAAAAUAUUUUUAAAAUAGCUUUCUAAUAAGAUAAUUAUCCUUUCUAAUAAUUAACUUAUAAAUUAGUUGUAUCUUUUAAUAAAAUGGAAUUACUUAAAUUAAACAUGGAACUUAGUUACAAAGAAUAGAUUAGUUUAUUUAAGAAUUAUCAUUCAGAUUUCAAAAUUAGAUUACAAUCCAUAAUAAUGAGUGAAGCUAGAAGAGUUGCUGCAUAUAAAGCAAAAUAAAUUAAAAGGUCAACAAUGAUUUAAUCAAAAUCAUCAAAAUCUAUCCAAUCUAAAAAGACAAUUGACAUAGUUUGA